GACGAAGAGCUUCGAUGUUCCGUGAGAUUCAAAUUCAGAGUGACUUAAAUGCGACAAAAAUAAGAAUGUCGUUUCACGCUUAAUAGUGUAGUUUCAAGACAGUGGUGAGGGAAUCGAGUCUGCGCAAAAAUUACAUCCUUGGCUGUCGAACAUCCAAUGUUUUUCUCCUCUUGCUGAUGAGAAGUCAAAAAAUUUUUACAGUAGAAUGUUUCUAAGAUGUUGUGGAAUUAUAUCCUGGUGGCUUUCUUGCCUUUCAGUCUCGGAUAUAAUAAUUUUCGAAUAGGUGGAGUAUUUGAAGGUUAUGAUGGCAUUGGGUGUGUAUUUGGGAAAUCAGCAUCGACUCUUCGCGAAAUUUUAGGCUCAGAUCCUAAAAACCUUACAAAAUAUGUUACCACCGAUGAAGAAUUAAAAUUGUGGGAUGUACAAACCAAAGUAUGUGAACUUAUGGAAAAAGGGGUCGUUGCAAUUUUCGGGCCACUCAGUCCACAGAGUUUAAGCCAUGCGUAUAGCAUGUGUGAUGCAAUGGGAAUACCGCAUAUAGCUACCACAUUGAGUAUUGAUGACAAAUUGAAAUCAAUCAAUUUUUAUCCACACUCUGAAGCAUUAUCAACGCUUUACUAUGAUCUUGUUGUGGAAUAUAAUUGGAAAACUUACACGAUACUCUAUGAAAAUAAGAUCAGUUUGUUGAUGAUAAAACCACUUCUUGAACGUUGGAAUAGUACAGGAUAUACAGUAUCAGUUCGUCUACUAAAUGGACCAGAUUAUAGACGAAUGUUACGUGAUGUGAAAUUAUCUGGAGAACAAAACUUUAUAAUUGAUUGUUCUGUUGAAAUUCUUCCCGAAGUUCUAAAACAGGCUUUGCAAGUUGGUCUAUUGUUUCAUAAAUUCAACUUGAUUAUUACUUCAUUGGAUUUGCAGACGAUCAAUUAUCAACCUUAUCAAUACUCUGGGAUGAACAUAACUGCACUUCGUUUAAUUGAUCCAGAUAAUGAACUCGUUCAAAUAAUAAAUUACAAGAAGCCCGAUUGUGGAAAGCUAACUACAAAUAAAGCUGUGAUGUACGAUGCAGUACAAUUUGUUGCAUUAGCUUUCAAGAACCUUACUAAUUCGACAAAGAAAAUUGUCAGAUCUUUGCCCUGUGAUGGAUCAGAGAUUUGGGAACAUGGUGAAACUCUGACUAACUACAUCCGAACAGGGUCUAUGGAAGGACUUACUGGAAUAGUAAAGUUUGAUACCAGAGGCUACCGUUCUGAAUUCGCAGUCGAUAUCUUAAACUUAGGUGAAGAUGGAUUAAAAAAGAUUGGAAUCUGGAAUAGCACGCGAGGUUUCAAGUGGAUACCAAAACCUGUUAUACUCGAAGCAGAUACAGAAUUGAGUCUUCAUAAUCAGACUUUUAGAGUCCUUAUUUCGCUGACGAAACCCUAUGCAUCGGUAAAGGAUUCUUUGACAAAGAGAGUAGGUAACGAUCGCUUCGAAGGAUAUACAGUCGAUAUUAUAGACGAACUCAGCAAAAUGUGUGGUUUUAACUAUACCUUCAUGGUACAAGAUGACAAAAAUUAUGGUUCCUACAAUAAUUUUACUGGUGAAUGGAAUGGAAUGAUCGGGAAAAUACGGGCUAACGAGGCUGAUUUAGCAAUCGCUGAUUUGACUAUCACUCAACAACGUGAAGAAGCUGUAGACUUUACUUUACCAUUUAUGAGUUUGGGGAUAAGUAUUCUCUACAGGAGACCAACUAAAGCUGAAGGAAGCUUACUUUCUUUCUUGUCGCCCCUUACACUUGAUGUUUGGUUCUAUUUAACAGCGGCCUACAUAUUUGUCUCGAUAGAACUUGUUAUCCUAGGAAGAUUGAGUUCUGCUGAGUGGGUUAAUCCAUAUCCAUGCAUAGAUGAACCACAAGAAUUAAAAAACCAAUUAACUUUUUCGAACUGCUUAUGGUUCACGCUCGGUGCUCUGAUGCAACAAGGAUCAGAAAUUGCUCCUGUAGGUAUGUCAACAAGACUAUUGGCUGGAUGUUGGUGGUUCUUUUGCCUUAUCAUGGUCUCUUCUUACACUGCCAAUCUUGCUUCAAGUUUAACUUAUGAAACACCUGUACAACCAUUUCGUGAUGCCUUUGAUCUUGCUAGGCAAAGCAAGAUUAAGUAUGGUGCUAAAAAGGGAGGUUCUACUCUUGCAUUUUUUCAGGGAUCGGACAAAAAGGAGUAUAGACAUAUAUAUGAGACGAUGAUGAAUGAUGCCAAAAAUUGUUUGACAUCAUCAAACGAAGAAGGCGUUGAAAAAGUGAAAACUGAAGAUUUUGCUUUCUUCAUGGAAUCUUCUACAAUUGAGUACGAAACAGAGAGAGAUUGUAGUCUCACUAAAAUUGGUCCGCAACUUGAUGAAAAGGGUUACGGUAUUGCUAUGAGGAAAAAUUCACCCUAUCGACACGAUUUAAUCGCGGCAAUUUUGGAGCUUCAAGAAAACGGCAAGCUUUCUAAAUUGAAAUUAAAAUGGUGGUCAGAAAAACAUGGAGGUGGAAGUUGUGUACAAGCAUCAUCUAGUGUACCUUCAGAAUUGAAUCUGAAAAAUGUCGGUGGCGUAUACCUAGUACUUUUUAUUGGUAUUGGAAUAUCUUUUAUAUGGACUAUAAUAGAACUACUAUUGUACGUAGCAGCACAAUCACAUGAAUAUAAUAUUUCAUUUAAAGAAGAGUUAAUUAAAGAACUCAAAUUUGUGAUCCAGUUCAAUCGGUCAAGUAAGCCAGUUAGAAGAAGAGCACCUUCAAGAAGAAGUGGAAUUAGUACAACUGAGUGUGCAUCGAUUGAUACUUCAAAUACUAAUUUUGAAGACAGUGUAUGUUAAAAAAAUAUUCAAAGUAGGCGCCGCACGCCUUUAGGUCAUUUUCACCUUCCCCUCCGAUGCUUUGAUUUUCUUAUUCCCUACCCCCCUCCCC